UUGUUUACAAAAAUAAAUUUUUUCUAUAAACUUUCCAAAGCAGAAUAAGCAUAAUCAUACACCCGUAUUUUUCGGUAGAAAUAUUCCCCAACUAAAUUUUAACGACUGUAUUAAAAGUAAAAGCUGCAAAUAAUUUUCUAACAGGUUGAUAAUUUUCUGUUUUAGUAAAAUAUAUAUAAAAAGUUAAAAAAUUAUUUAAUAAUUUUAUCGCCCUAUAUAACUUAUAGUGUCAUCACAUUUUCAGCGGAAUAUCUAUGCAAAUUUGCUGAGAUUCCCUCGAUGCUUAAAAUGUUAUAUCGAACUUAUCGUUUAAAUGUUAUUAUUAUUUUAAUGCUUAAUAUUUAAGUCCGAUACACUUAAUUAAUAUUCAAUAUUAAUUAAACAAUUUUUUCAAUAUCUACUUUAUAAUAAUUAAUAAAGAGAUUUUCAUUUGGUUUUCCAGAAUCUAAUUUCCUAAAUUUGUCGAAAGUUUAAACUUUUUAACGUUGUUCAAGCAGUGCUAAAAAUAUCCGCACAGUGGCAGGGAAUCAUUCAACCUUUGCAUAAUAUGAACGAAAAUUUUUUUAUGUUUUGAAGUGUCAACCUAGACGUCAAAAAUGCAAAAGUAAUCUAAUAUUUUUAAUUUAUUUGACAAUGUUAUUUAUGAAGUUUGUUUUCUUUUUUUCGUAUGUAAAACAAAAACUCCUUCCAAGUAUUUUAUAAACAUUGAAAAAGAAAUGGAUUUGUCAAAUUUUUUGGUACGAAAUUGUCCAAAAACAGCGAUGUAUAUUCCAAAUUUCAUUACAUUAGAUGAAGAACAAAACAUAAUAGCAAAUAUAGAAAAAACACCAAAACCAAAAUGGACACAACUAUCUCAUAGGCGUUUAAUAAACUAUGGUGGAGUGCCUCACGCAAAUGGAAUGAUUGCAGAAGAAAUACCGAAAUGGCUAAAUAACUUUGUAGAGAAAGUAAAUAAUCUAAAUAUUUUUGAAACUAAGAAAGCUAAUCAUGUUUUGAUAAAUGAAUAUAAUCCUGGCGAAGGAAUAAUGCCCCAUACAGAUGGACCUUUAUUUUAUCCAAUAAUAAGUACGAUUUCUUGUGGGUCAUACACUAUUUUGGAAUUUGUAAGGCAAAACAUAAAAAAUCAUUCACAAAAACCUAAUUGUAAUCUUGAUGAACAAGAAGUGGAACCAGAAAAUAAAAGUUUUAAACUACUUAUUGAACCAAGAAGCUUAUUAAUUUUGAAGGAUAAUUUAUAUACAGAUUAUAUGCAUUCCAUAGAUGAAGUUAGUGAUGACUUUAUUAACGAAUCAAUAGUUAAUUUAGAAAAUUGUGAGCUUUCUUAUAAAUAUGGAGAUAGACUUUGCCGUAAAAAAAGGUUGUCUUUAACAAUAAGACAUGUUCCAAAAACAUCGAAAUUGAAAUUGAAUUUUUCGAAAUAAAUUUUAGGUUUUAAGCACAAAUUCUUUGAAGCAAUCGCUGUGUUAAUUUAAAAUGCAUUUAUAUUUCAUCAUUAAAAUAUAAAGAUGUAAAACUAAAACGCUUAAUGGCUUGUAUUUUCUAUUGUAAUUUUAUAGUUGUAAAUUUAGCAACUAUAUUAUUGUAUUAAUGUGGCUUUGA